GAGCAGCGAUCAUGUACUUAAUACUUUAUCGUAAAGAACAAGACGAGGCACCAAAAUCGAGCACAUAUUUUAGCAUGUGUCUGUUAGCCGAUUCAGUAAUUGUUUGGUGUUCAAUCACAAAAUGUUGAAGCACGAGCGGGCAUAGUGUUAGUACGUUUUUACUCAACAUCAAAGAUAUCGGUGUGUUUUUCCUAUUUGUGGUGCUUUGACGAAAGAAGUGGCUUGACGACAUGUGAACCUCAAAUCUAUUGCAGUGCUUUUUACUUCAGAAGACCUAGUUUUCCAUGGUUCUGCGAUUCGUCGCGAAAAAGAUUUUCAUAUCCCCACCUCCUGCUCCCCCUCGUCCCUCCUUUUGCGCCUUGAAGUAUGAAUUACAGUGCUGCAUUAAAUACAGCUAGACAUCCUGAUCUACCGUUCUAGCCUAUACGCUCACUCCGUCACAAGUGAGCCCACUCCUAUUCUAUCUGUUAUUGAUCUACCGUUUUUGCCAUCUGUUACCUAAAAAAACUCCAAAACUUAAAUAUCAAGAUGGGCAUCUCUACCGACAAUCUAGCGGACCACGGUUCGCCAGUGGAAAAAGCAUCGGAUGACGAUUACGUAGAGGCCCCUCCGGCAGCACCCGUUGUCCUCUUCCGGGAAGCAGAUCCUUUCCGAAGAGCUUUAUCAGCAUCUGACGGUCUUGGCGCUACUGCAGGAGCUAGAGUAUCAACAAAGUUUUCCUUCUCAUCCCCUGCAGUGAGACAUAGCGUCGAAAGAUUGUUAUUUCUUUCUCAAGAAGAACAUGAGCUUAAGGGCGUAGGCAACGUUGCUCGACGCCUCUCUGCAAGCGACCAGUUACGAGCAGCGACUAUUAUCUUCGCUCAGCAAUGGUGGACCUCUACCUGUAGCUCAACUUCUGAAUCAGAAAAUCAAGAUGGCGGCACCGGGUUUGCUAUACUCGGUGACCAUGCUCUGGCUGACGAUAUACGUCUAGACGUGGCGCCGCAUGUAGUUGACGGGACAUUCAUUGGGUUUAGAUCCUCCAAAUGA